CUGUGUGUUGUUUUUCCGGCUGAAGAUGUGUCACCUGAACAUAGUGGAAGCAGAGAUAACAGUUUGGAGCACACCUGCCAGCUUUUUAUGACUUGAUUAUUUUACUACAUUAACUAGAAAACAUUUUUAAGAUACAGAAUUUUUCCCUCUAGUAUAUACGGGUCAGACUUUUAUCCGCUGUCUGACCAGGCGUAGCUCUUCAUUAAUGAUCAAGUUAGCUGCUCAUUAGCCACGGUUAGCUUUCAGCGCUCUGUAAUUCAGGAUGUCCUGCAGUUUGCUGGAUUUUUGCCGCGUUCAAGAGCUUAGACAAGUCCGGGAUUUCCUUUUCCAAAGUCAGAAAAAUCCCUCUACAGAUGACAACAAAGAGCAAACAGAGACAGAGUUAGCGUGGGAUGACUCAGACUGGGGCUCCUGGGAGGCUGCGGACACCAAAGAAGAUGGAACCACGCCUGAUGAUGAUGAAGUACAGCAGAACAGCGCCACCUGGCUGCAGGACUGCGCACUCGCUCUGUCACCAUGUUCAGACCUGCUGGUCAUCGCUCGAGACCAAAAAGCUGCAUUCCUCUCUGCCAAAUGGCAGACAGACGCCUCGGGAAAAGAGGAGAUGACGCUGGCUGUGAGCUGGAGCGGCACGCUGAGUGCUGAGGACGGAGAGUGUGUGAGUAGUGUCAUCUGCAUCCCACUGGCCAGUCAGAAGAGGAGUUCUACGGGUCGUCCUGACUGGACCUGUAUCGUGGUUGGGUUCAGUUCCGGAUAUGUUCGCUUCUACACUGAGAAUGGGGUUCUCCUUUUGGCUCAGCUGCUGAAUGAAGACCCGGUGCUCAGACUGAAGUGUCGCACAUAUGAGAUCCCACGCCAUCCUGGAGUCACAGAGCAGCAUGAGGAGUUGAGUAUUCUGUACCCAGCAGCCAUGGUCACCAUCGAUGGUUUCAGCCUUUUUCAGUCUCUCCGUGCGUGCAGGAAUCAGGUUGCUAGAGCUGCUGCAGCAGGAAGUGAUGUCAUCCAGCCUCCUCCUCUGGCCUAUAAGAAGUGGGGCCUGCAGGACAUGGACACCAUCGUGGACCACAGCAGUGUGGGCAUCAUGACUCUGAAUGUGUUUGAUCAGAUGAAGAACGCCUCAAUUCUUGGAGGUUUCCACGCCUCAGUUAAGGGCAGUCCUCCUGCCAUGAGUCAGUAUAUAACGGUGGGAGGCGGACCCUUCACCGGGUUCUUCUACGCUGUUGAGGGCAGCUCUCAGCCUCUCCUCUCCCACGUUGCUCUUGCUGUGGCCAGUAAACUCACUUCUGCCCUAUUCAGUGCUGCCAGUGGAUGGUUAGGAUGGAACAAGAACAAGACCGAAGAGGAUCCUGCUCAGAAACAGAAGCCUAAGGUGGAGCCAGCCACGCCCCUUCCUAUUAGGUUCGGUCUCCCCGAUUCCCGUCGACAUGGUGAGUCAAUCUGUCUGUCCCCAUGCAACACCAUGGCAGGGGUGACGGACGAUUUUGGCAGAGUGACGCUGCUGGACCUGGCCCGAGGCAUCGCCAUCCGCAUGUGGAAGGGUUACCGUGACGCCCAGCUGGGCUGGGUGCAGGUUCGUGAGGCUCAUGGAGACAGAGACAUAACCACUUCACCCUCCAUGCCCCGCCGCUGUGCUCAGUUCCUGGUGAUUUACGCCCCCCGCAGGGGCAUCCUGGAGGUGUGGGGCACUCAGCACGGCCCCCGGAUUGGGGCUUUUACUGUAGGCAAACACUGCAGCUUGUUGUAUCCAGGUUACAAGUUAAUGGGGGUGAACAGUGUGACCAGUCAGGGUUGGCACUUACACACACAGCAGGUGUGUCUGUUUGACCCGGUCAAUGGAGUGCUGCGUAGCAUCACUGUGCCAUUCCACCUGGCUCUCAGUGAUAAGAAGAGUGAGCGAGCCAAAGACAUGCAUCUGCUGAAAAGACUGAACGCUCUGCUCAGGAGCACUGAUCCAGACCCAGAUCUUCUGGAGAGCGAGGCUCGGAGUGUCCUGCUGGAGAUCAAACACCCUGCGGUUAAAAAACAGGCUCUGGAGUCUCUGCUGUCCAGUAAGAGCGCUCCGGUCUUCUGUCUGACCAACAUCACUCAAGCUUUAUCGGAGAGUCUGAAAGAACAAGAUCCAGAGGCAGUGGAUGAAUCAUUGCUGCAGUUGUGUUCGUCUCAGAUCAAACUGCUGCAGCUCUACACCGAUGUUCAGCUCCUACACUCACCUGAUACCUCGCCUACUGAGCCUGAUACUCUUGCAGUACCUGGUAUUGAAGAUGACCUCACUCGAAUCGGACCAAUCCUGCGGCGUUAUGCAGAGUUAAACUCACGCCCCUCUGUGUCCUUCGCUCAGGACGGGGCAGAGCCGCUGCCGGUCAAAACCUUUCUGUCACAGUUAGUGUGUGAAGGCGGCGAGCUGCGACUUAUCAGAGGCCCAGACACAGACUGGACACAGCUAGGUAGCUUCCUGUUUUGGGGAUGUCUUUCUGGACAGAGUCCACUGGAGCGAGUGUGUGAGACACUACAGCAGAGUGGCAUCAGCCCAAAGCAGCUACUGUCUCUGCUGCUGACUGUGUGGCUGAACAAAGAGAAGGAGAUCUUAAAGAGAACAAACGCUAUCAGGAACCUGCACACACUCCUCAACACACUCAGCUCUAUGAAAGGAGCAAUAGAUGAGUCCUGGGAUGUGCAGUGUGUGUCCCCCUGGUGGCAACAGGUGCGUAACGCUUGUGUCCAGUCAGAGAGCGCUGGCGCUGCCAUGCUGGCUGCACUCGUCGCCCAGCGCGCUGCCAAGAGGUCUAUCACAAGCCUGGCCGAGAACAAGUUGCAGUCAGACUGGGAGUGUGUGUCUCUAGAGCUGGAGCAGUGGGUGGUGUGUGUGCGGCAGUUGGAGGAUGUGUUGGCCUUGCAGACGUUGCUGAGUCUGCCGUCUCCUCAGGGGUCACCGGGGGGUGCCGUCCAGCGCUGUUCAGUCAAAGCUCUGCUGGAGAGUGGAAGAGGUGGAGUAGCAGACAGUGUUGCGAAGCUGAUCUUCAGACAGGAUGUAACUCCUGGAUGUCUGAGAGACAUUGUGCAGAGGAGGGUGAGUGAACAGCGUGAGGAACAGCGUGAGGAACAACCUGAGGAACAGUGUGAGGAACAUCGCUCAGAGCUGGAGACGGAGGAAAAGGACGCCUUACACACACUGGAGGAGCUGCUGGUGUGUGUGUGUCUGCGUUUCCCCAACUCUCUCUCCCCUGAUGUGUUGUGGGCUCACUGUUGUUGGGAGUACGUAGUCCAGUGGAACAAAGACCCUGAGGUGGGUCGAUACCUGGAGUGGUCUGUUGACUAUCUGAAGAUGAUCUCCAGUCCUCACAUUCAGUUAGGAAUCUGCACCAUGAUGUGGAACACAUUUAUUGUGAAACGUUUCUCUGCAGCGGCCUUCUUAAUGGAAAAGGUGGGAAAAGCUCCAAAGGACAGACUCUGCAGACGGGAUGUAGGAAUGGGCGACGCAGCCAUGACCAGUUUCCUGGGCUCCUGUGUCCAGCUCCUGCAGGCUCUGAUGGAGGUCUCGUCUUCCUCCUUUCUCCUUUCUUUUCCUCUGUUCUCCAAAGCGGACUCAGGGGUGGAGGAGGCCAGUGUGCCGGAGGUGUGCGUGGAGGAGGUGUGGGGCGGGGCCGAGGGUCCUGCCUCCAUAGCGGAGUUAGCGCUGCAGCAGAGGGCGAUUCAUUACCCGCUAGUGCAGCAUCACUGCCUGUUAGCGUCACUGCUGCACGCCGCCAUGAGCUUCUCACUGCGCAUCAAACCCCUCAGCCUCUUCGACACCAAGGGGAAGAAUGCCUUUUUCAGGGAGCUGACCUCCAUUCAGCUGCUGCCCAGUGGAGACAUGGACCCCAGUCUGGUGGCUCUGAGACAGGAAUUUCUCCUGAACGUGUUGACAGCAUGGGUGAAGGUUCUGGAUGUAGAGCAGGAAGCGGAGGAGGAGGAAGGUGAUGGUGUGUCUGUUAAAGCCGGAGUCAGGGAGCAGGCGUGGAUGGAGACGUGUAUGGAGCUGGCCUCACUGCUGCAGCUUAACCCUGAUAUUCUGCGCAGACAUCUCGUGUGUGAGCUGUACAACCAGGGCCUGGACCUGCGCGCUGAGGAGGUGAUGUUGGGAGUGGAGGAUAGAGAUGUGUUAGGUUCUCAGCUCUUGGUUCUGAUUGGUCAGCGCCUGGCCUACUCUCUGUUUCACUCUCAGACUCAGACCAAAGCCAGCAUGGAGCUCCUGGCACGUCUUCCCCCUACACUCUGUACCUGGCUGAAAGCUAUGGACCCCAGCGAUCUCCGGCGUCCCACUGUGCCUCUGAAGCAGAUCAGCCGCCUGGUGAGCCGCGUGAUCGAGAUGCUACCAGAGAAACAUGCGCAGUACAACAUGGCACUGCAUCUGCUGGAGGCGGUGGACAUACUGCAGGAGGACGAGUGAGAGAGAGGGGGAGAGAGAGAGAGAAAUGGAGGAUUGGAGAGAGUGAACAUUUCCAUUUAAUUUUUAUUUAGUUAUGCAGGUCUAUUAAAUGAAUACAGUCUCCACUUGACCCCAGACGCAGUCGAUCGGUCAGAGCAUGUUUGGUUUUUGCACCUGAGCUCGUUAGGCUAAUAUUUCUCAUUAAUAAUGAAUGGAUUUCAUUCAGAAAUUAUUUUCACUUUCGUACAUCUGCAUCCAGAUCUGUGUAUAACACACAUGCUGUGUUGUGCUGUUACAGGAAAAUAACAAACAGCAGGAGGAGGAGGAAGGAUGAGAAUGAUGAUGAUGAUGAGGAGGAGGAUGAUAAUGAUGAUAAUGAUGAUGAGGAGGAAGGAUGAGAAUGAUGAUGAUGAUGAGGAUAAGGAUGAUGAAGAUGAGGAGAAGGAGGAUAAGGAUAAUGAUGAGAAUGAUGAUGAGUCUCAGUACCACAGCGAUUUAUUUUAUUUAAAUAUAAUGAAACGUCCAUAAACAACUAUCUAUGAAAAUAUUUAUGAUCGGUCAGAGCGCUGACACUGGAGACUCCUUCCUUAACCGCUUAUGUUCAUAUCCUAGUGGAUGAGCUGUUACUAUAGAAACGACUAUAUGAAAGCUGUGCAGUGUCCAGUGUGAGGUUCACUUCAUGUUCAUGGUGGACUUUCACAGAAAAUAUGCGUCCUGGCUGAUGGACUGUAUCUGGUGUGAGGAAGGACAUGUAAACGAUUAUUAAGUAUUUAUUUGGAUCCAGUUCACGAGAGAGAGAGAGCGAGGAUCAGUGUUUGCAGUUCUAUGCAUUUUAAUGGUGAAGUGUGUUGAAGCCCAGCCUCUGUGCUCCAUGCUGCUAAUCCUACAUGCAGUACUUCAUUCUCUACGCUCUGUCUUCCUCUUAAUGGACAGAGUGAAGGCUCAUGAAUCAUUAACAUUUAUUAACUCAUCUGCAGAUAGAAUAGAUCGUUUUAUUUCAUUAUCCGUUGAAAUAUAUAAAGUUUUGGGGGCAAUUUAAACACUAAGGUAACAUCCGUCCUUUUCUUCUUUCUUUCUUCCUAUCAGAGGAAUGGAGUUUGGGUUGUAAAUGUAAUUUGUGUCUACUACGAGUCGUGUAUUUUACGCCUGAGACAGAGGUACGUUAUGCAGAAUAGCCGCUCACACACACACACACACACUUUACUCUGCACCGGUGCUGCUGUUUCUUAUUGUACAGAGCCAAAUCCACUAAAAGUGCUAUAUAAAAGAUUAAACUUGUCACGA